AUGGAUUAUAUGCCAUUCAACGAGAUUUUCAGUAAGGAUAUCGUCGAAGAAAGCAGUGUUUUCGAUUCCAUGAACGACUGUCAAGAUUUUGAUUAUGGCGGUGAAAAUGCAACCGCAGUUAAUAAUGAAACAAUUGAAGAUCAAGCUAACUAUUCAAUGAGGAAUGAAGAUGGAUUCAACGAUCGUAACGAAACAGUAAGUGAGCAUAACGACGGAGUUUUCGUAGAUUUUGUCGAUAUUGACGUUGCAUCGUUGAGCAAUGAAGCGGAAGAUUAUCAAUCUGAUGCUAUGGGGGAAACGAACGAAGGGUCGAAAUUUUGGUUUCCCAAUGUAGACGCAGAAUAUAAGCCGAAGGUGGGUGAUGGAUUUGAGACCGUAGAAUCGGUUGAAAGAAUGUACCGUAAGUAUGCUAAUGAAGCUGGGUUUGAUGUACGUUUAUCCAACAAAAAGAUAAAUAAAAAGGGCCGUAUCAUGUCUCGAUUUUAUGUGUGUAGCAAGGAAGGAAGGCCACCAAGUAAGUAUUUUGAUUCCUUAGAUGUUCUUCCUGGUGAUCGCAUGAUCCGUAAUUCAAAUGUAAAGCGUUCCGGUUGUGGAGCAUGUUUGAAGAUUCAGUUUGUUAAAGAACGGAGGCAGUAUGAAGUUUAUAAAUUUAUUGAGCAACACAAUCACAUGAUUUUUAAUAAGGAGGAGAUGAGGUUCUCACGUUCUAAAAGGCAACUACACUACACUGAUCACAAAAAUGUAUUUCACGGUUCUAGUUCGAAGGUUGGUGUCACAAAAUCUCAUAGAUUUAGGAAAGCAAUUACGGGUGGUGUAGAUUGCUCGGGUGGCACCGUAAGGGAUCAUCAAAACUUCAAACGCGAUAUGGCUUAUUUUGUUGGCAAUAAAGACGCACAAAUGUUGUUAAAUGUGAUGUCUAAUAGGAGGAAGGUGUGUCCCGAGUUUUUUUUCGAGUACAAGUGUGAUGAUAAAGAGUUGUUAGCGAUUUUCUGGGCUGAUGAAAUUGCGCGUUCGAAUUAUAGGGAAUUUGGUGAUGCAAUAUCAUUUGAUGCAACCUUUAGGACGAAUAAGCAUGCCAUGAUAUUUGUUCCGUUUGUUGCAAUUGAUAAUCAUAAGAAAUCUGUCGUUGUUGGAGCUGCUUUGAUUCACAAUGAGUCUGUGGUUGAUUACACUUGGGUAUUGAAAGCGUUUGUAAAAGCUCAUGGACGUCAACCACGUUUUGUGAUCACUGACCAAUGUGUGUCGAUGAAACAAGCAAUUCUCAUUGCAUUUCCUGAAUCCAAGCAUCGAUUGUGUAUGUGGCAUAUCACUAAAAAGCUCAAAUCUAAGAUCARUAAUUACCUCCAACAUCGUACGCCGUUGUUAGCGAAUUUAAUAAGUUAG